AUGAAGGAUUCAGCAUACGAAGACGCGGAAAGGCUUCAAAAAGAAAAAGAAGCCCAUCCCACAACGUGCAACUGGCUCUUUAACACCGAGCAAUUUCAGCAGUGGUGUCGACGUACCGAGCUCUCAAGCCACAACGGGGUACUUUGGAUCAAAGGGAAUCCGGGCACAGGAAAAUCAACGCUGAUGAAACACACCUUGCAAUAUUGCGAAGAAAAAAUAUUUGAGAAUAGUAUUAUUGCAGCACAUUUCUUUAAUGCUCGUGGCGACAGCUUUGAGCAGACGCCAAUCGGUAUGCUGCGUUUGUUAGUAUACCAACUAAUUCUCAAGGAGUCGUCCACAUACGAACGAUUCAUCCCUCUGUUUCGUGACAAACAGCAGAAACAUACAGAGUGGGCAUGGCGAGAGCCAGAACUGCAAAACUUCUUGCUUUCGGAGACACAGUAUUGCCCAAAACCGCUUGUUCUCUUUGUUGAUGCAUUGGAUGAAUGCAGCGAAUCACAUGUGCGAAACCUCGUGCGCUUCCUUGAAGAUCUCAGCGUCAAGUCAAAGGUGAUUCUCAACAUAUGUCUCUCGAGCCGCCAUUAUCCGACCAUCAGCAUGGAAAAGCAUUUGGAAUUAGUUGUAGAAACUACGAGCGAGCACGACAAGGACAUCAUCAAAUACACCGGCGACAAGUUGACAAAGAUUGACGAGCAGAUCAAAAGAGAAGUCCUGAAAAAGGCAUCUGGCGUUUUUAUGUGGGUUGUGCUUGUCAUUGAAAUGCUGAACAGAGCAUAUGAUGAAGGCCAGCUGGAAGCAAUGCACCAACUGUUACAAGAGGUACCCAGCGACCUUGAUGAAGUGUUCCUCACACUGCUCAGUAAAGACAAUCGAAGAAAGCAAGAGACUUUAUUUAUGCUCCAGUUUGUUUUAUUCACGAGACGUCUACUCAGCCCAAAGGAGCUGUAUUGUGCUACUCUGGCUGAAAUGGAAGUUUACGUGGGACCCUGGGACCCAGCACAAAUAACGCCAGACGAUAUACGGCGGCGAAUCACCCAUUCAUCGCGAGGUCUUAUUGAAGUACGACAAGGAGGAACCGUACAAUUCAUCCACGAAUCCGUCAAAGACUUUCUUGUUCGAAAUAAGAGAUUGCGAAUACUUGAUCAAAACCUUGGACUUGUAAAGAUUCUACUCGAGAAAAGGAUCGACGUUGACGCUCACGAAGGUCUCUUCGGCACGGCGCUUCAGACAGCUGCAGCAGGAGGUGGAGGGGAAGUUGUGAAAACACUGCUCCAAAAGGGGGCAAAAAUCAACGCUCAAGGAGGCUUUUUUAACACUGCACUCCAGGCAGCUGCAUCAGAAGGUCAUUCAGAGGUCGUAUCAAUAUUGCUUGAGGCAAAAGGAGCAAAUAUCGACGCACAAGGAGGCAUCUAUGGCACAGCACUUCAGGCAGCAGCUGCUGAGGGCAAUUACGAUGCUGUAGCAAUGCUACUUGAAGAGGAGGCACAUAUCGAUGCUCAAGGAGGGAUUUUUAAUACUGCACUUCAGGCAGCUGCAUCGGGAGGCCACAAAAAGAUUGUAACAAUGCUGCUUAAGAAGGGAGCAAAUAUCAAUGCUCAAGGAGGCUUCUAUGGCACUGCGCUCCAAGCAGCAGCCGCCAAAGGCGAAAAGGAUAUUGUAGAAGUUCUGCUUGAAGGGGGUGCCAACAUUAAGAUCCAAGCAGGCGCCUACGGCACCGCACUCCGUGCAGCUGUAUCAGAAGGACACAAGGUCAUUGCAGCAAUGCUACUCAAAGAGGGAGAAAGGGUUCAUGAACAAGAAGACAUUUCCAGUACUGCGCCCGAUGCAACUGUGGUGGGAAGCGAGAAAGCGAUUACAGAUAUACGAGUGGCGGACGUUAAUACUCAAAGAGGGGCAAGUGGCACCUCAUCCCAAGCAGCUAUAUUGACAGGCAAGGAUGACGUCGAAGUAUUACUUCAAGAAGUAGGGAAAUGGGAUGUGAAAAGCGACUAUUUCAGUACUGCACUUCAAAAGGCUAUAAUUACCAACGAUGAUAAAGAGAUUAUAGCGGUGUUGCUUAAAGAAGGGGUAAGUACUAAUACUCGAAGCAUUGCCUUUAAAGCGCUAUUCAACGGUAUAUCCAAGCCGCGCAAAGAUGUAAUGGGUGUGUUACUUGAAGGCAAGAUGAGUGCCAAUCGUCAAUGGAUAUUUGACACAGCGCUAUGCAUAGCGGCGAGCAAAGGUAAGAAGUAUUUUGUGGCCAAAUUACGUGAGAAAGGAGCAAAAUUUGAUACUCGCGAUAUAUUCUUCUCAUACACUUUACUGGCAGAUCCUAGGGAAGACAUUCACGACGAUGCUUUCAGAAUAUUUCUUGAGAAUGGGGCUGACAUUAACACUCAAAACUAUCGUGUUGAGACGGACGUUGAGACGGACGUUCAGAAGGCUGAAUCCCAGCGCCAUUGGGUGGACAUCUGGCUCUGUCUAGCGGGACUUAUCUCGGGGAUUCUUUACAUAUUUAUGAGUUAA